GUUCAAUAGCUGUCUCCCAGCUGAAAUUACCUCGUACACUACUCCACCACACAAACGACCAUCUAUAUCCGCAAAGGAGAUGCAGAAAUCUGUCUCCAAGCUGCAAGAGACUGUGGCUAUGGAGUCAGCUUUGAAACUGUAUACCCUUCUUGACAGCCUCAGUGUCCCGCGUUUCGCGAACUCCAGACUGCAUCUGCCUUGCAUCACAUUUGCUAUCACAGAAGUCAAACAGAAACGCGACGAAGACCAGGGAACGUCAUUCAUAUAUAGAGUCAAGGCGGACGGGCUUCAAGACCUAUCGAUAACCACAGAAGACAAGCUGGUUCAAUUCUCGCCCACACGGCCCACUCCGCAAGCAUUCUUGCUAGUCUGUCCGUGGAAUCGUCAUGAUUUCGGGCUGCCCGACUUUGCAAACGGUGCACAGGGCAUGAAAGAACAGGAACAGGAUGAUUUGGACUCCCGUUCGCGAGCGUUGAAGUUGAUUGCUUGCCUAGGACGGCCUUUUAACGCACUUUUGCUUGCGCAGCAGCGUGGUUCGGAGUACAAGAGAAUCGCGUCGGAUCAUAGUAUCAGCGCAAAAGUCAAGAGCACGACUGCUGUUCAUGACAUGAUGGGCGUCAAGAUGCUAGAAAUAUUGUAGUCGCAUUGUUGUGGAAGAACGGGGACCUCUGAAUUGGUUUCAUUCACGCUAAAUUUGACAGUAUGUUGAUUCAGAAACAAUUAUUUAUCCCUAUAGGCCUGGACAUUUGUAUUAUAUAUGUCCGUCGUAUGCUCAGAUGCCAAGCAUCCAACUGGUCACUACUACGACUGCAUGAUCGAAUUGUCCACCUUCGUCUCCUGC